AUGGCCAUCUUUUCUUGGAGAAAAAUGGGCAAUUGUUUAGGCCAUUGUGUUAUUAGACCUCCCUUUAUAGGUUCUUGCAUUAGAUUUCCUGAAACCAAGCAUGAGGAAGUUUUGCAGGUUGUCAAAACAGAUGGAAAGGUUUUGGAAUUCAGCAAUCCAAUUCUUGUCAAAGAUAUCUUGGUAAAUUUUUCUGGUUCAGGUAUUGGUCUGACAAAGGAAGCUAUAGAGCAUCUGCCACCAAGUUAUGAGUUGAAGCUUGGAAAUGUUUACCAUAUUCUUCCUCCAGCUCCAGUGAUUUCACCUGUGGUUGACAGAGAAGAAGAAGCAAGUGGUGGUGUCAAGAGGAUUAAAGUUGUAAUAACAAAGCAGCAACUUCAGCAGCUUUUGACAAAGGAAAUAUCUGUUGAGGAGGUCCUGUUGGGGCUAGAGCAGAAAAGUUCUUCUCUUGAUUCUCCAAGAAAUUGGAAGCCAAAGCUGGAAUCAAUCCCUGAAGGAUUCGAGUAG